GGCCGUGCUGUGCGCAGUGACUGGUGGCGGCCCCGGCGGCAGCUGCCGGCGUAAUAGUGCGGUCGACGGCUUAGAUAAGUUCCGCGGAGGCGGCGGUGGCGCCGACUGCGGGUUGGGCGUCGGGAGCGGGCCCGGAACUUGGCGCUCAGCAUGCCGACGGUGGAGGAGCUGUACCGCAACUACGGCAUCCUCGCCGAUGCCACGGAGCAAGUGGGCCAGCAUAAAGAUGCCUACCAAGUGAUACUGGAUGGCGUGAAAGGUGGCACAAAGGAGAAACGAUUAGCAGCUCAGUUUAUUCCAAAAUUCUUUAAGCAUUUUCCAGAACUGGCUGAUUCUGCAAUCAAUGCUCAGUUAGACCUCUGUGAGGAUGAAGAUGUGUCAAUACGACGCCAAGCAAUUAAAGAGCUGCCUCAAUUUGCUACAGGAGAUAAUCUGCCAAGAGUAGCAGAUAUACUGACCCAACUUCUGCAGACAGAUGACUCCGCAGAAUUUAAUUUGGUGAACAAUGCUUUAUUGAGUAUAUUUAAGAUGGAUGCAAAAGGAACGUUAGGUGGCUUAUUUAGCCAGAUUCUUCAAGGAGAAGACAUUGUUAGAGAAAGAGCAAUUAAAUUCCUGUCCACAAAACUUAAGACGCUCCCAGAUGAAGUGCUAACUAAGGAAGUAGAGGAAUUCAUACUUACUGAAUCCAAAAAGGUCCUAGAAGAUGUGACUGGUGAAGAAUUUGUUCUGUUCAUGAAGAUACUGUCUGGGUUAAAAAGCUUACAGACAGUGAGUGGAAGACAGCAGCUGGUAGAGCUGGUGGCAGAACAGGCCGACCUGGAGCAGACCUUCAGCCCCUCAGACCCUGACUGUGUGGACAGGCUGCUGCAGUGCACGCGGCAGGCCGUGCCUCUCUUCUCUAAAAAUGUCCAUUCUACAAGGUUUGUGACAUAUUUCUGUGAGCAAGUUCUCCCUAAUCUCAGUACCCUAACUACCCCAGUGGAGGGUCUUGAUAUACAGUUGGAGGUAUUAAAAUUGUUGGCAGAGAUGAGUUCAUUUUGUGGUGACAUGGAAAAACUAGAAACAAAUUUAAGAAAACUAUUUGAUAAGUUACUGGAGUAUAUGCCUCUCCCUCCAGAAGAAGCAGAAAAUGGAGAGAACGCUGGUAAUGAAGAGCCCAAGCUGCAGUUCAGUUAUGUGGAAUGUUUAUUAUACAGUUUUCACCAAUUGGGCCGAAAACUUCCAGAUUUCUUAACAGCCAAACUGAAUGCAGAAAAACUCAAAGAUUUCAAAAUCAGGUUGCAAUACUUUGCACGGGGCCUUCAGGUUUACAUCAGACAACUUCGAUUGGCUCUCCAGGGUAAAACAGGCGAGGCCUUAAAAACUGAGGAGAACAAGAUAAAAGUUGUUGCAUUGAAAAUAACAAAUAAUAUCAAUGUUUUAAUCAAGGAUCUCUUCCACAUUCCUCCUUCAUAUAAGAGCACAGUAACAUUGUCCUGGAAACCUGUACAGAAAGUUGAGAUUGGGCAAAAAAGAACCAAUGAAGAUACAAGUUCAAGUUCACCACCCAAGAAAUCUCCAGGAGGACCAAAAAGGGAUGCCAGACAGAUAUAUAAUCCUCCUAGUGGGAAGUACAGCAGCAAUUUGGGCAACUUUAAUUAUGAGCAGAGAGGAGCCUUCAGGGGAAGUAGAGGAGGCCGAGGUUGGGGAACACGAGGAAAUCGUAGUCGAGGAAGACUCUACUAGAAUACGACAUUAUAUUCUUCAGCAUUGUCAUGAGCUUAAUAUUCUUAAAUCUACUACUCAUUGGAUUGCCGGGGAUGUCCCUUUAAAAGGACUGCUGCCUUCAGCUGAAAAUGUAAUGUUCUUUCUACCUUUGUAUGUAUGAUCUACUUUUGUAACCGACCAUGGUUGUGUCCAAGGUAAAACCAAAACAAUAUUUUUGGAUGCUUUGUCUGCAGCCUUGACUUGUUUUGCAAUAUCCUCAUUAUCAGACUUCAUCUUGUGAAUCUUACUUUUAAACAUCUUCAUAAUUUGUUAUUGAGAACUGAGUCUAAUGGAAAAUUCAGUCUAGCUUGUGAUCUGGUGAAGUUAAUCACUUCUGAAAGGUUACUUAUUUUCCUCCCCAUUCUGUUAAAAAGUUUUUUGCCCAUACAUGGAGAAGAGUAAUGAUCAGUUAACCUUUUGCUUUCUUCCAAUGGAUUUCUAAUGAAGCUGCUAGGCAGUGUUGUAGCAUUCCUACUAAGACUGAUAAAAGUUAAACACCAGCUUCUUACAAUGUACAAAUUACAUUAAGUUUUUAGGAGGCAGUAAGUUGCUUUGCAUUACUUCCUUCACUCUUCUCCAUUUUUUGGGUUACAGCUUUCGAACACAGGAUCUUAUUUGAAUAGGAGUACAUGUGCAUAAUACGUACAGACAUAAGCAUAUGUUGUGUGUGUAUUAUAUGCAUGCUACGGAACUUGAGAGUACAACAAAUCAAUAUUUUAAAUUCUAGGAAUGGGUCAUAUGACACAGUGAUUAUCCUUUUGAGGCUGAAUCCAUUACUGACUUGGUGUCUAGGUUUUUACUCCAAUAGGGAGGAUUUUGAGUCUUGUCGCACUUACAUUAUUAUUGUUUAAAACUAAAAACAAAGGCUGUGUUUUCAGAGACAAAUUUGAAGACCCUUGUUGAUGAAAUACAGCCAGAUCUGGUGUACAUACAGGUUCCCACGGGAUGUGAUAGUAUAAUUUAGGAUUUGGAGACUUAAUAACCAGGGCUACCCAGGAAAGUGACUUGACGACAUAGUACCAUUAAAUAAGAGAUGUUCACUCAGUUUGCUUUUGCCACUUUCAGAAUUUAACUUCUCAGGUUAUUAAUCAGAUUAUUGUAUAAGUUAGCCAGUAGUCUUUAGAUUAAAACAACAAAUGGGAGGUUUGUGGAGUGUCUCACUGUCAUGGGCAUUUUUAGUAGCCCAGACCCUUUGUUCUUCAUUUGAAUGUUUCAUAUAUUUUUGUUCCACAGUUAAUCUUCCUUCCCCAAGUUUGCCAUUCAAAUCAAAUAUUCACAUGUCAUUGCUAGUAAGUUUGUUGUUUUUUUGUUUUGUUUCAUUUUGGGUUUUUUGGGAGGGGUUGUUUGUUUUAUUUGGGGGGAUUGGUUUUUUUUUUUUUGUUUGUUUUUUGUUUUGAGGUUUCAAUUCUUACACAGGUGUCUUCAUUACCAUUACUUCCACACUGGUUUUUGAAAAAAAAAAAAAAAAAAGGCAAAACCCCUUUGUGAAAAUUACUGCAUAUAUUUGUCUAGAAAGUAUUUCUAGAAGCCUAGAAUGAUACAAGCAUAAGAAGUUGGUCAGCUUGACUAUGGAGUUCUGGCAAUAAUCUCUGAACAUUCCACAAGACUGAUCUGAACCUAGGCUUCCUUGGAAUCUGAAUAAACAUAGGAACAUGGGAUUGCAAGUUGAGAACUGUGACCAUCUAGUAUGAAUCUCAGAUAGAUCAGCCAUGGCCUAAUGCCAUUUCAAAUACAAAAAUGAAUUGGACUACAGCAAUAUAAAUUUGAACAUAGUGUAAUUUUUCCUUUCACUUGUCUGAGUUUUUUUGUAAACUCAGCAUAAAUAACUUGACCUCAUAUCUAAUGCAGAGCUCACUGCAUUCCUCCCUCAUCCCUUUGCUCCCCUUCCCUUGCCUAGGCAAUACUGUGUAGCUUAAUGUUCUUUUUGCUUCAGAGAUUUGAAUGAACAUCUUCAUGCCAUAAUUACCUUUUUCUUCUACAAGACACCUGUUUAUCCCCUUGUUUAAAUGUAAAUGUUCCCUUAUGCUUUUGAAAUAAAUUUCCUUUUGUAAUUUU